UGAUACUUCCGGUGGUUCGUCCUUUGGAGUAUCCCACCGACUGCCCGCCCACAGGCCUGGCCCUGGGGUAACUCGGAGUAUCCCACCGACUGCCCGCCCACAGGCCUGGCCCUGGGGUAACUCGGAGUAUCUCACUGACUGCCUUUAGACCGAUGCCCGGAGCCGUCGUUUUGUAGCUGAAGCUGCUGUCAGUAUGUCUACACCGCGACUUCAACGUACAAUGUCCCGAACAGGUGAAAGUUUAUACAAAUCGCUAGGAUUGGAGAAAGGAGCUACACCAGAGGAGAUUAAAAAAGCAUACCGAAAGCUUGCUCUCAAGUAUCACCCAGACAAAAAUCCAGACAAUCCUGAUGCAUCAGAAAAGUUUAAGGAAAUAAACAAUGCGAAUGCUAUUCUGAAUGAUGAUAAUAAGAAACGCAUCUAUGAUGAGUAUGGUUCAAUGGGACUGUAUGUGGCUGAACAGUUUGGAGAAGAGAGUGUCAAAUACUACUUUUUGAUGAACAAAUGCUGGUUUAAGGCUCUUCUUGUAUGUUGUGGCAUUAUCACUGGAUGCUGUUGUUGCUGUUGCUGUUGCUUCUGUUGUGGAAAAUGCAAACCAUCAGGAGAAAUGGAAGAUUACGAUGUUAUUAAUCCUGAAGACCUAGAGGCACAGAUUAGAGCGGAGCAAGGUGCACAUGGUGCUGUAAAUAGUACAUGUCAGUUCAAUAUGCUUAAUAAUCAAGUGUAUUAAUCAGUUUUUGAAAAUGUUAAAUACCAUGUUUCAAACACUGCAAAUAGUUUUAUAUAAGGCGUAUCUAAUGCCUACCAAAUGACAGUUUCUUUAGUUCUGGUCUGUGCCUUAAGUUGGUGCAAUAGUUUUUGUACAAAAGUGCCAAGAUUUUUGUUUCAGAAUGGGACCCAUGAGCUCAGAAUAAAUUCUUCAUACUGUAAAUCAUUUCACUGCUUAAUGAUAAGGUAUAAUGUUGUACUCAAAUCAGUUUUGCAUUACUGACCUGUAGGUUUUCAAACAUGUGUUUUAAAGCAGGCAUGGCAUUGAAGAUUUUGAUUGAUAUUGCCAAUGAUGGGGUAGAAUAUUCAUUUUUAAUUUGUUUACUUCAGGUGACAACAUGUUUCAUAAUUAAAUUCAUUGAAACACAUGUGGUAAAAUUACUUUCAGUUCAGCUCUUACUAACAGUUAACAUUAGACAUUUAAAUUUGAGAAAAUAAAGCAGUUAAUAUUUGAGCAGGAUCUGUGUAAUUCUACAGAUUGGUAUAUUAGCUUCAAUUUUUUGAGGGGGACAUAAUAUUAGACAGUAAGGAAGGUGAAUGCAAUUUUUUUGCCACUAGGCACAGUUAAAUGGGUUCUUGCUAAUGGCCAAGGACAAACCUGGAUGAAGGUGAUGAGUAAUAAUCAAAACUGGAGUAAGGAAUGAAUAGCCCAUUCAUUAGAAUCUUUAGUUUAGAAAGCUUCUCAAAAUAUUUGAAGGUGAACCAUUGAAAAGACUUCUGAGAAGAAACAUUUUGUCACUCAAUUUUAAAUGAAUGUCUUUUCACUGUUAAAAUGUUUGAACAAUGGUUUGUAGUGUAACAAUUUUGCAACUCAGUGCAAGCAUCAUAUGAGACUGAGUUAAAGACAGAAUAAUUUUUAAGUUUUGCUUCUUUGGCCUCAUUCUCCCUUUUAAUAAUAGAAUUCCUAAGCUUCAUAUUCUGAAAAUUUCUACAAAUGUUUAUUGUUAUUUGAGCAAUAAUGAUCACUUUUCCACAUUUUGCAAUAUCAUCCUGAGUGCAGGUUGAUUCAGUAUAUUUAACAAAUAAUAAUGGCCCCAUGAUUUGUGCAAAACUUAAUUGUUUCUUUUCAAAUCCUCUGAUUCUGAUAUCAAAAUAAUAUGUCAAGGACCAAAAUUGCACCACAGAGACCAAUAUAAUACAGGUUUUAUUUCCAUUCAAAAACCUUUAACUUAUACUUUGAACAUGGUCACAUAAAUUCAGACAGCGUCUUGCAAUACUAAUAGAGAUCUAUAACAUAUCGCCUUUUUAUAGCCAGAAACUAAUGGAAUUUUAAUUACUUAAUCUCUUAUUCAUUUCUAAUUGAAUGCAUACACAUUCAAAAUUGGAUAUUUUCAAAUUCCUAACUCUGGUGAGUACAAAUGUUUCCAAAACUUUGGGACUUAAUUCCCAUGAUGCAAAAAUAAAUUCAUCAAAAUAUAGCACAGCAUACUAAUUUACAACAUCUUAAUUUGCUAAGAACACUAUGCGAGUAUUAGUUACGUGAUUUUGAAUACACUUCCAUAAUUUUUGAAUCUGUUGGGUGCACAAACUGACCCGGAUUUCGGCCUACCUCAACAUCUUUGUUGUAAAAACUUGAACCUCGUUCCAGGUUUUGUCUUUAAACUUAAUUAUUUGUUUUCAUUUGAUCUUUUGCUUUGCUUUAAAUUGUUAACUUGUCCACUGUAUCUUAAGGAAAGAGCAAUAUGCUAUGUAUGUUUGAAUGGAUUAAAUGGCCCCAAAGUAUUACAUUAAUCUCUUGAAUAUCUUAAUCUGAAUUUAGAAGAAAAUUGAAAUUUUUGGCUCUUUGCUCAACAGUGUAAUAUGGACUAAAUAAAAGUACUAAACUUUUGUGUAGUUUACUCUUACUAUCUUAUCAAUAAACACCACAAUUCUUAACUGCCCUUUUUUUUUGUUAUAGGAUGGAAAACUUUUAGUUUAAAUGAAACCUUUCAUUUGGUUCUGCUUUCUAUUACUAAUUGCCAAACUAUACAGGAUUUACAAAGUUACACUUGCCUAUACAUGCCAAAGACCAGUAGACCUGUAUUCCCUA